GCUGACAGCUGUCCGCUGAAAGAAAUAAACCAGGCUAGGCUAGUUAGACAGAUAGAUAGCAGCACGGAGAGUAGGGACGCAGUUGGACUGGACUCGGAGGGACAGCGGAGACCUGUCAGCAGCGUACAUUUCCCUCCCAACAAUGCUGAAUACAAGCUAACACCGUCCCGGCAGAAAGGGACUGAACAGGACUGACAGCAGCGACAAAUAAAAGACGACAUCGCCAGGAGAAGGGUUAGCUCAGUUUAAAUGUUAUUGUCAAUCAAAAACAAAGCCAUUUGCUUACAAUGUCCUGCACUGGAAACCUGGUUUGGGAUGUUAAUAAACGUCUAAUCGGAUACGGAGUGCCAAACACCAUCAGGACCAACUAUUUAGGUAGAAGAGAGUUUGUUCAGAGGCUAAAACUCGAAGCGACUCUGAACGUACACGAUGGCUGCGUCAACACGAUAUCCUGGAAUGAGACGGGUGAAUAUAUCUUGUCGGGAUCAGACGACACAUUUCUGGUCAUCACAAACCCGUAUAACAAAAAGGUCAAGAAGUCCAUCCGUUCAGGUCAUCGAGCAAACAUCUUCAGCGCAAAGUUCAUGCCUCACACCAACAAUCAGGAAAUUAUCUCGUGCUCCGGAGACGGCAUCAUCUUCUACACACACACUGAGAAGAGUCCAGAGUUUAACAGACAGUGUCAGUUCAGCUGCCAUUACGGAACAGCUUAUGAGAUUAUGACCGUACCGAACGACCCCUACACAUUCCUGUCGUGUGGGGAGGACGGUACGGUGCGAUGGUUCGACCUGCGCACCAAAACCAGCUGCACCAAAGAAGACUGUAAAGAUGACAUCCUGAUAAACUGCAGAAGAGCAGCGACCUCCAUCUCUAUUUCUCCUCUGGUGCCGUACUACCUGGCUGUGGGCUGCUCCGACAGCUCGGUGCGGAUCUUCGACAGACGCAUGCUGGGCACCAGAGCCACAGGUAAUUACACGGGCCGGGGGACGACGGGCAUGUGCGUCCGGUUCGUUCCUGCUCACCUGUCCAACAAGUCGUGCAGGGUGACGUCUCUGUGCUACAGCGAGGACGGUCAGGAGGUUCUGGUCAGCUACUCCUCCGAUUACAUCUACCUGUUUGAUCCCAAAGACGAUCAGGCCCGAGAGCUGAAGGGCCCGUCAGAGGAGAGGCGGGAGGAGCUGAGGCAGCCUCCGGUCAAGCGCCUCCGCCUUCGGGGGGACUGGUCUGACACCGGACCUCGAGCUCGUCCUGAGAGUGAGAGGGAACGAGACGGGGAACAGAGUCCGAACGUGUCCCUGAUGCAGAGGAUGUCGGACAUGUUGUCCCGGUGGUUUGAGGAGGCCAGUGAAGCUCAGAGCAGCAGAGGAACCCGACCUCAGGUUCGACCCAGAGGAACAGCCAUCCGUCCAGAGGGGGCUGCACCAACAGGAGACUCCAGCCAGGAGUCCCGCACCCCUGAGAGGCCUGUGGGGGCAAACUGUCCGGAGGUUGCUGCCAGUCCUGCUGCCGCCCCCGUCUCUAAAUCCACCUCCUCGUCCUCCUCAGGGUCAUCAUCAUCAGCGGUCACAGCACCUCCUACUUCCAGCUCCUCCUUGGUUGAAACCUCUGCUCCGUCCUCCUCCUCUCCGCUUACCUCCUCACCUGACUCAGAGCAGCAAGGUCGGGUUGAGACGGCCGGGGCGCCCACAGCUCCGCCCACAGCCCCGCCCACCUCUGAGCCUGCACUCUCAGAGUACGGUCCUCAUCGGCUGCCCAUAAGUUUAGUGUGUAGGCGUUUGCAGAGGCUGCUGCGGCUGGCCGACCCCCCCGGACAGGGUCAGCGAGCGGCGCCUUCCACAUCCUCUUCUUCUUCUGCAGCCGCUGAGAGACAGCAAAGAAGGGCUAACUCUGCUGCUGCUCCUGCUGCUGCCCUGAAACAAACAGAUUCUCCUUCGUCUGUGGUAAACAAACAGCUGGGAUCCAUGACUCUGGAUGAACAGCAGGGAGCCGAAUCUGCAGGUUCACCUCCUAAUGAGGCCGGUCCUGCAGCGGCCACCGCCAUCCCGCCCCCCAUCACCACCUCUACCUCCACCUCCACCACCCGACCCAGCACAGCGGAGCCCGUCCUAAGCCUGCACUACAGCUCAGAGGGCACCACCACCAGCACCAUCAAGCUGGACUUCACUGAUGAGUGGAGCAGCAGCACAUCCAGCUCUCUGGGCAGCGGAGGCUCUAAGACCUCCGAGGCUGUGGCUGCUCAGAGCAGAGCGAGUCCGUCAGCAGAGAGUUCGGCGUCGGAGCAGGUUCCCUGCGAGUCCUCGGGGCAGCAGACUCUUCCAGCGACCCCCACAGAGCCUCCAGGUGAUGUUACAUGCUCCAGCUCUGCGAAUCAGAGUCUGGUAGGGGUCUCACCUGAGGGGGACAACGUGUCGUCCUCACCACAGGAGAGGAGUCAGCCGGAGGGUUCGGAGGACACGUCGGGGGGUUGCAGGAGAGCAGAACCUGCUGGAGAGGAAGGGGAGGGUCGGAGUCAGCCGCCGCCAAGCAAUCAGGACUCCGACGACAGCGACGACGAUCCAAUCCUAAUCCCACCCACAAGGUUCAGAGGGCAGGGACAGAGAUUUAAUUCCAGGGGCUCUGCUGUAGGAGAUAGGAUGAUCAGACGCUCGGCAGCAGCUCGUAUCCAGGAGUUGUUUCACAGGAGAAAAGAAAGGAGAGAGAUGGAGGGCGAAACGCAAAACAUCAGGAGACCUUCAGUCAAAAUGGUUUACAAAGGCCAUCGGAACUCCAGAACGAUGAUAAAGGAGUCGUGUUUCUGGGGCAACAACUUUGUGAUGAGCGGCUCAGACUGCGGACACAUCUUCAUCUGGGACAGACACACCGCAGAGCACCUCAUGCUGCUCGAAGCCGACAACCACGUGGUCAACUGCCUGCAGCCGCACCCGUACGACCCCAUCCUGGCUUCUUCAGGAAUCGACUACGACAUCAAAAUAUGGUCACCGCUGGAAGAGUUGCCGUCUUUUAACAACGUCCUCGCCGAUGAAGUAAUAACCCGGAAUGAGCUGAUGCUGGAAGAAACCAGAAACACAAUCACAGUCCCCGCCUCGUUCAUGCUACGAAUGUUGGCCUCCCUUAAUCACAUCAGAUCAGAUCGACUGGAGGGCGAUCGCUCCGAGGGCUCAGGCCAGGAGAACGACGAGCAGUAGCCAAAUUUAAUUUCAAGCAAACCCCUUUUGUUCUCGCUGCAAAGCACUUACAACAGAUUUGUACUAGUGUAGAAUACUUCCUUUGGAAUAUUAGUGUCAUUUUUAGGCCGCUGUGUUUUUUUAAGACGACUUUCUUACUUCUGUUUCUGGAUAAAGUACUUCGGCGUGAAUGAAAGAGAGUACGUCAGUGUGCACAUGUGUGUUGGGAGUGAGAAAACUGGUGAGCGCUGGUGUGAAAGGACGUUUAAGUGCAAUAUUAUUUGUGUUUGGAGCUUUUGGUCAGUGUUAAUGUUUGACAUUUUGAGCUUGUAGCAGAGGAGCGUUGACGUGCUGCUGCAGGACUUACGCAUGUGAACUCAGACUGCAGAGGAAAAAACAGAUGCUUUAAUUUUGUUCUUUGA